AUGUCCACCGACAAGACCAUCGUCCUCGUCACUGGUGCAAACAGCGGCAUCGGUCUCGAAACCAUCAUCGCCCUCUCCAAAUCCUCUCCUAACUACCACCUCCUCCUCGGCGCCCGCUCCCUCGACAAAGGCAACGCCGCCCUUGCACAAAUCCAAUCCAUCCACAACAACCAACUCCUCUCCUCCAUCACCCCCAUCCAAAUCGACGUCACCUCCCUCCCCACCAUCGAAUCAACUAAAACCUACCUCGCCUCCACCUUCGGCCGUCUCGAUGUCCUGAUCCAAAACGCAGGCGUCAUCGUCACCCACCCCUGCCACACCCUCAAGAACCUCCGCACCACCUUUGAGACCAACGUCUUUGGCGCCAAGGUUGUUACCGAUGAGCUGACUCCGCUUCUCCAAAAGUCGACGAAUGCGAGGGUUAUUUAUGUCAGUUCUGAGCAGGGGAGUAUUACGUUGAGGUUGGACCCGGAGUACCCAUACAAGGAUGUGCCGGGGACAGAAUACAAGAUGAGUAAGGCUGCGCUGAAUAUGCUAGCGGCUUGUCAUAGAUAUGAUUUUCGGAAGUGGGGGGGUAAGGUGACGAGCUUCAACCCGGGGUGGUGUGUCACCAAUUUGACCGGGGAGACGGGGAGGAAGAUGAGGAUUGAGGGAGGGGCGAGGUCAGCGGAGGAUCCGGCGAAGGCGUUGGUCGCGAUUUUGGAGGGAAAGAGGGAUAAGGAGGCGUGGGAGGAUAGUGGGAUUUUGGAUUUGGAUGCUGGUGUUCAUCCUUGGUAA